AUGCACGUGCGUACCGUAUGUACAGGUAGCUACGCUCCUGACUGUCAACUCCUAGAAGCGACAUGCAACUUUGAUGUAUCUUUGUGCGGUUUCGAGCAAGGCACAGAUGACAAGUUUGACUGGACUCGACGCAAAGGAAACACACCUUCUUCCGGUACAGGACCUUCUUUUGAUCACACUACUGGAAACAUGACAGGUGAAUCGUAAAUUUGCGAUCGUGUGGCAAAAUCUAGAAACUUACUAUAAGGCUGUCCUACUGCUAUUAGCAAAGAGAAAUAUAACAUGUAUUAAACUAAUGUAAGAGCAGUCCGCUGCACAUAUUGUUAGUGAAUUUUAUAGUCAAAGCAGGUCAAGCGUACCCCCCAAGAUUCUGUUAAUGAAUUGAUUAUUUGAAAAAUGAAUCCGUUAGUGGUUCCCGCGAUCUUUUGUCAAAUUCACAUCGGCAUUUCUGCAUGCGUAAUGAGCAGUGAAUAUCUAACGAGAACUUCUCUGUAUUAGGUCAGAUUGAAAAUCUUUGAAUAGAUUAUAUUUGUUAGAAGAUAUUUACAUCAAAUUCAGGGAAACUGAGCUGGUAGAAAUUUCGUAACUGCCUCACGUGUGAAUUCACAGCUCAUUUCGCAUGCAAGAAUGCAGAGAUGAAUCUGAAAUCUACAACUACCAACUACGAUGGCCCAGGAGGGUCACAGUCCAGUAUUGGUUUUUGACAGUCCAGUUAUGGUUUUACACAGUCUAGUUUUAAUUUUUAUACAGUCCAGUUUUAAUUUUUACACAGUCCAGUUUUAUUUUUUUUACACAGUCCAGUUUUAAAUUUUACACAGUCCAUUUUUAAUUUUUACACAAUCCAGUUUUAUUUUUUUUACACAGUCCAGUUUUAUUUUUACACAGUCAAUACACAGUCGAGUUUUAUAUUCUGUGCAGUUACCAGACCUCUCUCGCCCUACUGUGACACGUGUUAUCUCACGGCAGCCAUUUUGUAUUUCCUGGUGACGAUGGAUUCAAUCAUCAGGCAGGUUGUUCGAGAGGAACUGAAAUGUUCAAAUUCUAGUCGUCCAGAAACUGCGUCUUCUACUAAUCAAGAUGAUCAGGGAAGAAGUGAAAACGAAUCAGGUGCGGCUGGAUCAUCACGAACAGUGGGCCGUUUGGGGUGUUUUUAAAACGAAGACCCAAAAACGAAGACGUAAGACCCCCGGGGAGGUACUCCCUUAUAAAAGCUUAAUGGGGAAGCCAGGGUAUGUUUUUCGGGAUUUUUGUCUUAAACAGGGCAUUUUUUGUCUUAAUCAGGGUAUCUAUUUUAUCAAUUUUUCACACAGGGUAUCUUUUCUUGGACGAUAAACAGCCUGCGGGUAUGUUCUACGAAUGUCUUAAACAGGGUAUCAAAAUCAGAAUUCUGUCUUAAACAGGGUAGGAAAAUCAGCGAUUUUUGUCUUAAACAGGGUCAGGGUAUGAGGAGCCGGGCUGCACCUCCCCACCCAAGGAUAUAUCGAGUACCCCCCCGGGCUAAGACCUAAGACCCCUUGGACUAAAACGAAGACCCUCUGAACUAAAACGAAGACCCCUGUGGAUUAGACUCUUAUGGCGAUUUAUGAGUGUUGUGGAAUUUCCUCUGCGCUAUUUAAUUGUGAUAAUGAAGUUUAUCACUCACCUUUUCUUCGAUCGACGGCUAAGAAAAUAUAACCGCGUGCUCUAGCGUUCUAAAAUGUCGAACAAUUGUAUCGAUCAAUACAUUUACAAAACAAAAUAACCGGCAUAAGGAGGAAAUAACGAGACAUUUAGCAAUUAUGAAUUCAAGAAGAGGGGAACCUUGCGCUCUUUUUAUUACUUUUUACCUCAUCAAUAGAAAAAAAGCCGUCGAACGAAAACAUCACUCGAUUAAAGGUGUACAUUUCGAGUUUCAUGCAAGCAAGGUUCAUUUGUAUACAUGCCGGGCUAUAUUUAUAUCCCUGUUACUUUAUUCUGACCUCUAUUGUAAAAAGAAUGACUCACCUUUUACGGCUCAAACAGUUGUUAUUAAAUGAUAACAAAAUAAAAAUGAAAGAAAAAAAAGGAAAGGAAAAAGAUACUUCUGUUUUGCAAGAUUCGAUCCCGAGAGACCUACCGAUGAAUCCAAGGACGUUACCACAAGACUACGAAAGCUUUCUCGAAUACACGGUGGGAAAAAUUUUUAUUGAAACAAAAGUGACGUCAUCAUCACCGUAAACACAUCCAAAUUGUUUAGAGUUUAAUCCACAGGGGUCUUCGUUUUACAGUUUUAGUCCAGAGGGUCUUCGUUUUAGUCCAGGGGGUCUUAGGUCUCCGUUUUUGGGUCUUCGUUUUGGAAACAUCCCAAACGGCCCACCGUUCGUGAUGAAAAACAUACCCUGGCUUCCCCAUUAAGCUUUUAUAAGGGAGUACCUCCCCGGGGGUCUUACGUCUUCGUUUUUGGGUCUUCGUUUUAAAAACACCCCAAACGGCCCACUGUUCGUGAUGAUCCAGCCGCACCUGAUUCGUUUUCACUUCUUCCCUGAUCAUCUUGAUUAGUAGAAGACGCAGUUUCUGGACGACUAGAAUUUGAACGUUUCAGUUCCUCUCGAACAACCUGCCUGAUGAUUGAAUCCAUUGUCACCAGGAAAUACAAAAUGGCUGCCGUGAGAUAACGCGUGUUGCAGUAGAGCGAGAGAGGUCUGGUAACUACACAGAGAAUAAAACUGGACGGUGUAUUGACUAUGUAAAAAUAAAACUGGACUGUGUAAAAAAAAUAAAACUGGACUGUGUAAAAAUUAAAACUGGACUGUGUAAAAAAAUAAAACUGGACUGUGUAAAAAUUAAAACUGGACUGUGUAAAAAAAUAUAACUGGACUGUGUAAAAAUUAAAACUGGACUCUGUAAAAAUGAAAACUGGACUGUGUAAAAACUAAAACUAGACUGUGUAAAACCGUAACUGGACUGUGUAAAACCAAUACUGGACUGUGACCCUCCUGGGCCAUCGUAGCCAACGGAUUCAACUUUUGAAUAAAUAAUUCAUUAAUGGGAUCUUGGAGGGUACGCUUGACCUGGCUUGACUGUAAUGUUGCCAGUUUUUCUACUUUAUGCCACGGCCACUUUCUUUGGUUUAAUUGUCUUUUUUGCUACUUUUUUUAGCUGCUUGAGUAUUUAAUUCUUGAAAGUAUCAGGCGAAAAUAUGUAAUUUCCUGCCACUUAGCGCAAUACGAGGACGUUGCAGUCACUCUUUACAUCCGGGGGGACUUUGUUCAUUUCUUGUAGCGUUUCCUCGUCCUCUCAAAUCCCGAAAGAAGGGCGUCUUAGCACCUUUUUUUAAGAAGGCACCCUUCUUUGAUCAUUCUCAUCGUAUAAGUCGGGGUCACCUUUUUAAAGUCACAUUGAAACUUUUUUAGUGCGCUCUGGGAUUGUUUUUUUUUUCUCUUCUCGCUCUCCGUACACCUUGUAUCCCCUUCUAAGUUAUAGACGUGUGCAUUUAUACAUUAUAUCUUUUCAACAAAAAACUAGAUGAUGUAACAAAAUUGGACAGUCCGCACCGUCUGAUUAAGUAUUUGCUACUCUAUGUCGAUCUUCAUCUCUUUAAAGGUUACUUCAUGUACAUAGAAGCAUCCAGUCCAAGAAAACGAGAAGAUAAUGCAAAAUUGUACAGUCCUCCACUGACAUUCGCAGGGCACAUGUGCCUUGAAUUCUAUUACCAUAUGUCUGGUGUAGCUAUUGGAAGCCUGAAAGUCACCAUAGAUGAAAAAGUAGUGUUCUCUAGAAGCGGCCAUAGAGGAAACAUUUGGUAUAAAGUCAGUAUAAAUGUAUCAGCUAUUGUGGGAUUGCGUUGGGUAAUAAGCUUUUAUUGUUUUUACCUCUCUUAAUCUAACUAAGCCGAGAUCCUCAACGAUGGGAAAACGGUGUUCACUAAAGGUAGUAAUAGAUGAAGUAAAUAGACACUAAGGAAUAUUUGAUCAUAUGUUUGUAAUAAUUUUACUUCGGCUUUGGAGUCUAAGCAGGUUCGAAAUCUUACUUUAUUCAUGAAUUUCUGCUUUUUGCACUUGUCAGUUAAAAAGAAGGUGAAAUAGUUGACUCGAUCGAUCGACUGCUACUAUUAUCAGGCUGCAUCUUAAGCUGAAUCUUACCAUUAGUUUUAAUUUGACACAGUUAAGUAUAUAUAUCAUUCGAUAAUAACAUUUUGUCAUUAAUUUCAGUACAACAUAUAUUAGUUUCUCUUCAAGUCAUGAAUUAACAGCAGCGCUUUCGGACUGAUUAUACAUUCAUAGAACAGUGUAAUACAGCAGUACACGCUUAAGUAAUUUAUACACAUUUCGAGCCAUUGCAGCGCGGGAUUGAGUGGGGUUUUUUAAAAUUUCCUCACGUACCAGUUAUAUUUGUGAGAAAGCUUCGCGUGGUUCAGUUUUGUCUGUUAUUAUAUACAGACGUUAUUAAACAAAUCAGGCAACCCCAACCGCGAUUACAGACUGAAAUAGACUUCACUCAUUCCUAUUACUCCGCGGUAUCUAAAUUAUCAGAAUUACUUUCUUUUAUCACAGGUGACAUUUGAAGGGGUAGUUGGCAACGGUGACAGUGGUGACAUAGCAAUUGACGACUUCUCCUUGACAGCCGGGUCUUGUGCUUAUGGUAGGUAGUUUUGAAAAAGAAACUUCUUUCCAAGAUGAAAAAAAAAUAGUCCUACUUUUGAUACUAGAGUUGUAUCUUGAAAGCCCGAAGCAGCUGCCGUAGAGGCAGCGCCAAUACGAAAACUGUGCCUUUUUAGAGAGUUAUACGGUAGACCGACUUGACGCGCGGCGUCCCUAAGACGGUUAACGAUGGCGGAUCUACAACCCUGGUCAAAACUCUUGGGACACUAACGCAAUAGCUCGUCAAUUUGAGGCAUCUUCCCUCCCCCCUUCCCCUCGGUGCAGUGUCGACAUUAUGUAUUCAAGUUUUAAUUCAACACAAUCAACACUGCUUAGGGGAGAGGGUGACAGCAGAAAUAGCCCCUUAUAACAACAUCUCCAAGCUUUUUUAAAAGGUAGAAUAUGAGUUAAUUUAGUAAAGUGCGUCUUUGUGGCUAAUUUCGUCAAGUGUCCCAAGACGUUUUGACCAGGGUUGUAGUAGGUAGACGCCCAGAUUGGAAAGAAAAAAGUGAUCCACGCGGGCGAGCGGUGAGAAAGUAAUCACGCCCCAUCUUGACUCAGUUGUGGGUAUUUACGUUUGUCUUUAGGGACAACAAAAGAUUAGCGUCGGAAGACAAUUAGAACGGGUGUGUAUGAAAAUGAGGAUAAAGACCAGGAAAAGGAUUGAAACUUACUUGUUCAGGUUCUUUCAAUAUGCCUCUGAUAAUAAUUGUCGUUAUAGAAACUUGACAGCAGUUGUAUUUCAUCACGACGGCGCGCGGGAAGCAAUUUCUUUGACGGAUUCAAAAAGUACUGUGGGGUAGCGAAGUGAUGGAGCGAAAACCACCCAUAUCUUUUCAAAGCGGAAGUACUAAAAAUAUUAUUCAUAAAGCUAUCUAGAUAGGUAUAUUUUUUAGUGAAAUAUUGAAAAAGGAAUGACUCGGAGGGAGGGGCCAUCUCUAUUGUUUUCAUGUGUUUGUCUGUGACUGAUUCAUCACUGCCAGUGUUCCGUCACAUACUAACGGGCGAGUGCCAGUCGGGUCGCAUGUGUAAAUUUGCAAGGGACACCGUAGUCAUUCGAACCAGAGAGGUCGGGGAAAAAAUAAAAACCUAGGCAAAUAGACCAUAAGUGCGUGAGCUUUGUUGUUGCUUUUAUCUGCUUGUGUAAACCGUCUUGGUAUGUUGUGUCCGUAAUUCUGUAAUUCUGUUUUUAAAAUUUGUGUCGCGGUCGUGUUUACGGGACCAGCAAGUGCAUAAAAUUGGUAACGUCUGGAGUCUCCAGAAUAGAAGGUUCGAUUCGGAGGUCACACACGUUUAUAUUCCAUAUAUUCUUCGCUGAUUAAAUCGACCAUACUUCUAAUCAAUCCCUUCGAGUGUGGGCCUCUGUUUAUUUCUCAAUUCUCCAUCAAAUCCAGUACAGUUGUUUGGUUGAUUUUCUACAACGAUCAGCCCUUUGAACCCGAAAUAAUGAUGCGAAAUAAAGGCUUGAUAUACGUGCUUAAGCUAAUUUUUUCAAACAGCGUCUAUGGCAGAGAAAAAUGGUUUUAAUAGAACAAAUUCUCCGGGGGGUACUCGCCUAUAAAAGUGACGGGAGUGCUCGUCGAAAAUUUUCGAGAACACCCCUUAAAGGUACCAGAAUCUUGUUUUAUGGGCGUGUCCUAAAUUCAUUUCCACUCCUAAGAGGUACCAAUUCAACAACAACAAAUUAUAUAACUGGCGCUGCAAAUUUUAAUAGUAAAAAAGAUAACUUUCGAACAGUUUCUUCUCAAGGACUUUUUGAAAAUAUUGUCAUAAAUCUUUAUCCUAAUCAGUCAUUUAAGGUUUUAGCACCCUAAGCGGUACGAAUUCACAAAUUUAAACCCCGAAAAGGUACGACGAGCAACCCCGUCACUGUUAUAGGGGAGUAGUACCCCACCCAGGACAAACUCACUUCACCAAAAACUGAGUGGCACAAUAGUGCAGUGGUCAAGGAGUUGCUUGCACGUGCAGAUGAACUAGGUUCGACUGCCGGCGAGGCUGUUUUCUGUUUCUUUAUUGUACAAUAUUUUAUUCUGUGAGGGAAUUUUCAGGUGGUUUGUUGCAUUGAGCCAGAUGUAGGAACGAUAUUUACCCAAAAUACGCAGGUGUUCGAGAUGGUAUGCAAACAAUGAAAUCCAAGGCCAAGACUAAAACAAAUAACUAUAUGCCUUUGCCAAAUUAUCAGGACUAACAUACCAGGUUGAAAUUUACCAAAAUUAUGCAUAAUUAUCAACUGAACAUAAGAUCCUGCCAUGAUCGUGACUGCGAUUACGGUAGACAAAGUUUAAUCCUUGCUAUGCAGAAUUAUUGUACUUGGACUAGCUAGUUUUCCACAAAUUAGCAUAGAAAUGGGAUGGGAAAUGGGAAACAUUUUUGGGAUGUAUAGAUGUUAUUCACCGGCCUUGGUCGAUCCGUAUUGGGAGAAACUGCCCGAGGUCUUGAGUACCACCCUAGGCCGUAGGCCGAGGGAGGUACUCAGACCGAGUACACAGUUUCUCCCAAUACGGAUCGACCAAGGCCGGUGAAUAACAUUUUUAUUUUUUCCCUACUGACAUUUAAAAGUUUCUGGAAAAUUUUACUUCAUGCUCUAACCUAUGUAUGUUGAAGUAGAACGCGUUCGUGUUGAUGAAGCGCGCGAUCGAUUGCAAACCAAAACAAAACAUACAACGUGAUUUUUAGCUUGUAAUUUAUAUUGGUUGUCUUUACGCUAGGCUGUUAAGUAAGACUUAAGAGCUGCUAAGUUUUACUUAGCCAAAACUUAGUGUGUGAAGACCUAAGUAAAAUCUCAAGUAACUUUACUUUGCAUCUCAUUAAAGUCGGAAAGUUGAAACGAUUGAAGAAAGUUUCAAGCGACUUGAAAACCAUCUUUAUGACCGACUUAGCUGACUUGCGGUUCCUUGAGCUUUGAGAAAGGCAAAACAUGUCAAUCAGUCUUAAUUAUGUUGCGUGGGAAAAUGACCUUAGUUAACCUGAAGUAAAAAAGAAUCGGUUGUGUGUGAAGCUUUAUUUAAAAUUUACUUGUCUUGAAAUAUUUCUUAGCUUAUUUAGGCUCUAGUGUAAAGACUACCAGUAUCACAAUUCAGCUCUGGGCUCUUUCAGAAUAAGGAGAGGUUUUUGUGUCUUGGUAGACAAUUCAUAAUCUGAGUGUCAAACAAAGACAAAAGGAUUGACGAACUUGAUAUUAAAAGCCACAGGAACAAAAAACAGCAAAGAUUUUCUUCGGCUAAAUAAUUACUUUAGGACUAAUUCAAUCGAGCAGAAUGAAAACUGCACAGGGCUUUAUAAAAGGAGCUAAUUACAGAUACCAAUCGUAAGGUUUUGACUAUAAAUAAAAAUAAUUAGCUUUAAAAAAGUAAAAUAAAAGCAUCGAAAAGGAUUCCUAACCUAACUGGUAACCUCCUAACCCUAAUCUAACUUAACCUAACCCUAACUCGAGCUUUCCUUCCAUGAUUGCUACGAAAACCCUCCUCUGAAUGGUCACGGGACUUGCAGAAAGUCAAAAUGGUGGGACAGCGAAAAAUUGUCGAGUCCUGCGUCGAGUCCUGGCUCGAAGUCCUGGCUCGAGUCCUAGCUCGAGUCCUGGCUCGGUAUUUAGGCAUCCUCAUUGAAAGCUAUUAAAACUUAAGCUUAAAUGCAAUCAGUCUUUUCUGAAAAGUAGAAAAUUAGCGAGACAAAAUUCAGUGAAAGACGACAGCUUCUAGAUUCAGACAGCAGAAAUGGAAAACAAAACUACAACCGAUCAGCGCUAACAAUAGACGCACAAGUUUAUUCCGAUUUGAGUCCUCGAGGGUUACAGCAAUAAGCAAGAUGGUAGAAUAUUGACCCCAAAGACUCGACUGACAUUAGGUCCGAUGUACCGUAAUUUGCCGUAUUUGAUGUGUUAAUUAAGUUGUGUUGUGUUGUGGUUUAAACUGAAAUACAAGGUGAAAAUAAAACUUCAGAAAUACUGGGAGCGAAAAAGAAAUACAGCAAAAAUGAAAUACAGCAAACGAAUGGACAACGCACUUACAUUGUUUUGGCGCAAAACUUCUGACCGCAAAAGAGAUACUUCUGAUAGGAAACUACUACUUAAUGCUCUUGAAGAAACAACGUUGAAAUAAAAGCUGAACUGAAAAUGCUAGAUGGAGUAAGGUCACCGCUGCACAUUGCGUUGAUUGUAGUGAAUCCUUUAUUAACCCACAAUCAUUUAUUUUUUCUUGCAAGACUGUUCACAAAAAUUUCACCACUUUGAAAAAAAACAAGAUCUACCAACCAGAGGAGGGUCUGACGUCGAACACUUCACUAUCAGCGGAAAUCGGUUUCUCGCCUUCGCAAACUAUAAAAGUGAUACCGAAGGAUUUAACACCGACUCUUUCAUCUACAAACAGAACGAUUCCACUGGAAUUUUUCUCCUUUAUCAGACUUUAGGCACGCAUGGAGGCAUUGACAUGGAAUAUUUUAAAACUGGUGAUCAACAUUACCUGGCCGUCGCAAAUCAUUAUGAUGGAACUUCGUACCGACAGAAUUCAACUAUUUACCAGUGGAGUCUAAGUCAGGAACAAUUUGACGUCUUUCAAAGCAUUGAAACAUUAGGAGCAACCAGCUUUGAGUUCUUCGAAAUAACAAAUGAGCAGUUUCUUGCCAUUUCAAAUUUUCGUGAUGGCCACUUCUACAGUAUCAACUCAUUCAUCUACAAAUGGAACAGUAAUAAAUUUGAAAAGAUUCAAGACAUAGCCAUCGAGGGGGGCUCAUAA